AUGGCUCUACUAAGAAAAUUAAAUCGUGUCCUCAUGAUGGUGCUGGUCCUGAUGGUUUUUACUCUUCUUUACAGCAAGUUGUUCAAAUCGCAAUCCACGGCCAAACUUUCAAAGACAAGAAAAGACCCAGGGCAUGGUGCUAAGGUAGCUCAUGAAGAGAAGUCUGAAAUGGAAGAUGCCAUCCCUGUCGUCAUCUGUGCAUCGGAAGAGCGCAUUGGGGGCACCAUGGCAACUAUUAACAGUGUUCAUAGCAACACGCGUGCAAGUGUGUUCUUCUACAUUGUCACGCUGCGAGAUGCCAUCAAACAGAUCAGGCAAUACAUAGGGAAAACCAAACUGAAAAACAUCAAAUAUAAAAUCCUGGAGUUCAACCCUAUGGUUUUAAAAGGCAAAGUGAAACCAGACACCUCCCGUCCUGAUCUGCUACACCCUCUCAAUUUUGUGCGGUUCUACCUUCCACUGCUUGCCAUCAAUCAUAACAGAAUCAUUUACCUAGAUGAUGAUGUUAUUGUGCAAGGGGACAUUCAGGAGUUGUACAACAUUAAGCUUAAGCCUGGCCACGCAGCUGCCUUUGCCUCCGACUGUGACCUGCCCUCCACCCACGACAUGGUGCGCAGCAUUGGCAUGCAGACAACAUAUAUGGGCUUCCUGGAUUACCGGAAACAGGAGGUGAGAAACCUUGGAAUAAACCCAAGUGACUGCUCCUUCAACCCUGGGGUCUUCGUUGCUGACAUCGCUGAGUGGAAACGACAGAAAAUUACCAAACAGCUGGAGAAAUGGAUGAUGGAGAACUUCAAGGAAAAUCUGUAUAGCAGUGCUAUGGCUGGGGGCGUGGCCACCCCUCCCAUGCUGAUUGUGUUCCAUGACAAAUACACUACCAUUGACCCCACGUGGAAUGUCAGACAUCUGGGAUGGAGUCCUGAUGCCCGCUAUGCUGAAUCUGUCCUGAAGGAGGCACACCUGCUGCAUUGGAAUGGCCGGUUUAAGCCCUGGGACUAUCCCUGUGUGCAUCUUGACCGAUGGGAAAAAUGGUUCAUCCCAGACCCCACGGGCAGGUUUUCACUGGUACGGCCCGAAGGCUGA